AUGAGUUUCUAAGAGAUCUCUAAGCAAAUAGAGGAGAUGACUAAUUUCCUUGUAUGAUUCCAUAAUAACUUUUUAGUUAGAAUAGAGUGAUGAUAAUUUAGUAAACACCUCUCCUACGAAUCGCGAAUAAAUAAAUCUCAUUAUACAUGAUCAAAAAGUUAAAUAGAGAAUUAAUUCUAUGCUGAAACAGAAAGUAAUUUAUAUCAUCCUAAAUUAGAAUAAAUAAUAUCCCCAUCAAUAUUUAACUGUUGAAUUAGCAAGCGAAGACAAUUAUGAAAUUGAGUUGGAUUAAGAAGAUAUUAAAUUAGUAACGAAAUUUUUAUAUUCAAAAUUAAGGUUUGUGAAAAUUUUGGAGAAGUCAAAUAAGUAUAUACUAAAUUAAAUGGAGCUAUCAUAAUUAAAUUCAAUACACUUUUUGAUGCGUUCAUUGUUUAUAAACUAUUAAACAAACAUUAAAUUAAAGAAUUGGAUGUUACUAUCAAAAUUGAAUUUACAACCUAACAAGAUCUAUUGGAAAUUAUGGAAAUACAAGACUCCAAUUAAUAAAAAUUCACUUGUCGAUAUGAUGUCUAAAUUGAUAAUGAUAAAGACUUCUAAGUAGCUCGCAAAAUCAUAGGUAUUUUUAUAAUCCAACAUGUUAAGGGGCUAAAGGAUGCAACAUGAAGAAAAUCAUAGAUUAAUGCUUAAUAGAUUGUGAUACUAAAGAAUAAGACCUUGUUAAACUCAGACUCAGAGGAAGAGGCUCUGGGUAUAAAGAAGGUCCUGAAAAAAGAGAAUCCCAAGAACCUUUGCAUUUAUGUGUUUCAUCUAAACAUAAUCAUCUAUUUUUAAAAGUAAAUUAAUUAUAAAUCAAGUAGGCCUGUCAAUUAGUUGAGUAAUUGCUUAUAAAAAUUUAUGAAGAAUAUAAAUCAUUUGGGUUCAAUAAAGGACGUAAAUAAUCUCUCUACAACAUUAAAAGAGUUCAAUAAUCAUUAAAACCUUAAAUUAAACCAAAUUUUAUGCCUGAAUUACCUAACUUCAAUUUCUCAAAUGUAUUUAAUGUUUUUAGUUUUAUAGAGUUAAUUUGUUGAUUGUAACAAUGAAAAUAUCAUGGCAUAUUCAAACAUACCUAAUUAAUUAAUAUGA